UCAGCUGUUGGCCCGGGCGGAGGGAGGAUGUACGUCAGUCCGCCUCUGUGCCCUAGUGUUGUGACGAGCUGUACCUUGACAUCCCCAGUUCGAAUCCCCCGCACGUGCUAAGGAAGGGAUUGCGUGUACCUCGUGUUAGUUAUUGAUGGUCCAGCCGCCGCCAUGGGGGACGAGUCUAGCGUGCGUGUGGCCAUCAGGAUCCGGCCCCAGAUCGCCCGUGAGCUGAUCGACAUGUGCCGCGUGUGCACCAGCGUCACGCCCGGGGAGCCGCAGGUGUGGCUGGGCUCCGACAAGGCCUUCACCUACGAUCACGUCUUCGACCAGCCCGCCGGCCAGACCGAAGUGUACGAGUCGUGCGUGGCCGGCCUGAUCGAGGGCUGCUUUGAGGGCUACAAUGCGACCGUCUUGGCGUAUGGACAGACGGGUUCGGGCAAGACCUACACCAUGGGCACGGGGCUGGAGAUGGAGGGUGACCCCGCGUUCGUGGGCAUCAUCCCCCGUGCGGUGGAGCACCUCUUCCGCGGCAUCGACGAGCGCCGGGAGGCCGCGCGCGCCACCGCCACCACCCCGCCGGAGUUCAAGGUCACGGCGCACUUCAUGGAGCUCUACAACGAAGAGAUUAUUGACCUUUUUGAACCGGGCUACAAGGGCUCGGGCAAGGGCGGUAUCCGGAUCCACGAGGACGCUGAGGGCGGCAUCUACGUCACGGGCGUCACCACCAGGAAUGUCACGUCCCUGGAGGAGACGAUGCAGUGCCUGCGGGCGGGCGCGCUGUCCCGCACCACCGGCUCCACCAACAUGAACACGCAGUCGUCACGCUCGCACGCCAUCUUCACGCUCCUCGUCCGGCAGCAGAGGAUCGCCCCGGUCAGAGAGGACGAUGGUGAGGAAGGAGGCAGCGGGGAGGGCGGAGCGCCACAAGAGGGCAUUCCGGAGUUCGAAACCCUGACGGCCAAGUUUCAUUUCGUGGACUUGGCGGGCUCGGAGCGGCUCAAGAGGACGGGCGCCACGGGGGAGAGGGCCAGGGAGGGCAUAUCCAUCAACUGUGGCCUGCUGGCCCUGGGGAACGUGAUCUCAGCCCUGGGGGACGUGAGCAAGCGUGCUUCCCAUGUGCCUUACAGGGACUCCAAGCUCACCAGACUCCUGCAGGAUUCUCUAGGAGGCAACAGUCGCACCCUGAUGAUUGCCUGCAUAUCCCCAAGCGACACAGACUUCAUGGAGACGCUCAACACCCUCAAGUAUGCCAACCGUGCCCGCAACAUCAAGAACAAGGUGAUGGUGAACCAGGACAAGGCAAGCAAGGCCAUCGCCAUCCUGCGCCAGGAGAUCCAGCAGCUCAGAGUGGAGCUGAUGGAGUACAAGCAGGGCAAGAGGAUUGUGGGUGAAGAUGGGAGUGAGGCGGUGAACGACAUGUACCAUGAGAACCAGAUGCUGUCCACUGAGAUUGCCAACAUGCGCACCAGACUCAAGGCGCUGCAGGAGACCGUGGAGGUGCUCACCGCCAAGAACACGGCGCUGCUGGCGGAGAAGGCGACCAGCGGCUGGAUCACAUCGGGUGAAGGGGCAGACAUGGCCACAGUGAUCCAGGGCUACCUCAAGGAGAUUGAAGAGCUACGGGCCAAGCUGUGUGAGAGUGAGAACCUUUGCCAGCAGCUGCGCAAACAACUCAACAAUCGCGCCAACAACCCCGCCCGGCUCUCCAUGUCUCCUAUGCAUGUUCCUAUGUCAGGAUCAAUGUAUGGGUGUGUGGAUGAUGCGGAGGAGGGGCAGACCUUCACCCAGCUGAUUGAGGAGGCCAAGAGGGACCUCAAUAGGGACCUGCAGGAAGUCAAGAGGAAGAAGAGGGCGUCAGGAGGCUCAGGUGGAGAGGACGAUGAUGAGGAAGACGAUGAUGAGGAAGAGAACGAGGAGGAAGAGGAAGGGGAGAUGGAGGAGAACUAUGAGAGCUCAGAUGAAAGUGGGGAGGAUAAGGAGAACUACAACGAGGAGCUGGCGGAGUUGACGAGCGAGAUAUCGAUCAAGCAGAAGCUGAUUGAAGGUCUCGAGCUUAGCCAGCGUCGCCUGGAGACCAUGAGGCACCAGUAUGAGGAUAAGCUGAAUGUCCUCAUGAACCGCAUCCGAGCAACGCAGGAGGAGAGGGACAAGGUAAUCGCUAACAUUAAGUCGAGUAGCAGUGCCGGGGAUGAUAAAGUGAAGUCAGUGAAGCAGGAGUAUGAGAGGCGAAUCUGUAACAUGCAGAACGAAAUGAAGAAGCUGCAGGCCGCCCAGAAAGAGCACGCCAAGCUGAUGAGGGAGCGAGGACAACACGAGAGGCAGCUGAGGACCCUGAAGGCCGACCUGGCGGAGAUGAAGAAAACCAAAGUCAGGCUGAUGAAUAAGAUGAAGGAGGACAACACAAGGGCCAAGCAGGAGGAGCUCAAGAAGAACCGAGAGAUCGCCCAGCUGCGCAAGGCAUCCCGUAAGCAGGAGACAUACAUCAAGAGCCUCGAGGCAGAGAACCGUCUCAAGAAUGUUGUGCUGAAGCGCAAGACGGAGGAGAUUGCAGUGCUGAAGAAGGCACCGAGGCAGGGACUCAGCAGCAAGGCCUCUGGGAGACUUAGAAAGAGGGUGGGCUUGGCAACACAGGCCACCACUUUCUCACCCAAGGUGGCCAAGCAGAAGUGGCAGUCGCUGGAGCAGAACAUCAACAAGGUGGCGUACAACAAGCAGACCGUCAGCAGCAUGGAGCGGGACAUGGAGAGGUGGCUGAAGGAGCGUGAGUCACUGAGUCGGCAGCUGGAGCGAGUCAUGAGGAAGCGAGAGCGUGCUGACCCAGCAGACAUGACGGCCUACAAUGACCUGAACGACCAGGUGGAGGCGCUGAGAGCCAACAUCGACUACAUCCACGAGAACAUCCAGGAGUGCCAGGACAACAUCAUGAGCAUGGAGGAGAGCAAGGAGCAGUCAGACCUGUUGAGUUCAGACGCAGUGACAACUGGCCUAGGCAAAGAAGAGUCCCACUACCUCAUCAGCAAGCUGAUCAACAUGACAGUGAACCAAGCCACUCUGGCAGCACAGCGGCAGGCAGCCAUCUCGGAGUUGGAGGGCAAGAUGAAGCAGAUGGAGCAGACGACUAGUGUUCAGGAGCAGCUUCUGGCACACGUGUUGGGCGACAAGGACCUGGAGGUGUACAGCCUCAUGUCCUCCCUUGUGGCAGCCGAGGACAACACUCCCGCCUCCACCGAGUCCUCCCGAUCCAACUCACCCACUGACGGGAGAGACAAGGCGCGCCGAAAGACAGCCACCACAGAGGACAUGCUCUUCACCAAUGGCUCCGAGAAGAAUGGGAACCUUGGAGCCACCAGCACAGACCCCACAGCAGCUGCCUCAGGUCCGACGUCCCUCCCAGAGCGCUCGACAACAGACCGCAUGACCGUCAGCCUUGGGACAGACCGCAUGAGUACUAGUCUGGAGGGCGUGCUCAGCGAUGAAGGUUUGCUCAUGCCUCCUCCGUCCUCCUCCUCCUCUGGCUCCCUACGGCCAGUCCCCAGGGUCACCUCGGCCCCCAACCCCCUCAAGAACCUGUUGACACCCCGCCCUGACAAAGCCUCACCAGUCCUAAGCCGCAAGUCUUAUGAGCGAGCAGAGUUGACAUCCCCGCGCCUCGGCAGACGGUCGCUCACCUCUCUAAGCGCCUCAAACCUAAAUUUUUCACGGCAAAAUUCUGCGGACAACAACCCAGAGUGCACCCCACCCACCUCCCCCACCACCUACCGGCGCUCCACCUCAAGGGACGAAAACGUGUUCUCCCGCCUCACCUCGGCCACUUCCUCAACACGGGAGACUCGGCCAAACACGGGCGUCAUCAAUCCCCACGCCGGCAGGGCCACCCAGCGGUCAGUGCUGGCCUGCACCCACGUGGCUCAGGGCCACUCCAAGGCGGUGCUCUCAGUCCACGCCACGGAUGACCUCCUCUUCUCAGCGUCCAAAGACCGCACGGUGAAGGUGUGGGACUUGGUGCGCGGGCAGGAGAUCCAGUCCCUCGGUGGCCACCCCAACAACGUGAACUGUGUGAGGUACUGUGAGGCCCAGCACACCUGCUUCUCUGUGUCCUCCUCCUUCAUCAAGGUCUGGGACAUCCGAGAAAACCCUGCCCGCUGUACCCGUACGCUAAGCUCAGCAGGCCUCACCUCUGUUGGCUUCCCCGUUCCCAGCACUCAGUCCCGCACGCUGCAGAUGCCACCCGGGGAGACUCUCAUCACAGAUGUCGCCAUCUCCACUGCCACCAACAUCCUGUACUCUGCUGCCGGGAACAUUGUCAGGAUAUGGGAUCUCAGGAAGCACUCGGCGGUAGGUAAGCUUGCUGGAGGUCACCAAGCCGCUGUGAUGUGCCUGGCAGUGGACUCCACAGUUCCCGGCCAGGAUGUGGUGGCCACCGGCUCAAAGGACCACUACAUCAAGGUAUUUGACAUCACUGGCACCCUCAGGCCUCGUCAACCCCGCCUUAACCUUGAGCCGCCACUCGAUGGCAUUCAGUCCCUUGCCCUCUGGGACACCCUCUUCUCAGGCUCCAGGGACAUGUGCAUCAAGUGGGACUUGCAGCGCGGCGAGCAUGUCCAGUCCCUCAACAACGCACACAAGGACUGGGUGUGCGCCCUCUGCUUCACCCCUGGUGGACAGAUUGUGCUCUCUGGUUGUCGUGGAGGCAUGAUAAAGAUGUGGUCUGCCGAGAGCUGCCAGCUCAUAGGAGAGCUGAGGGCCCAUGCAUCACCCAUCAAUGCCAUCACCACAAACUCCACCUGCAUCUUCACUGCCUCAAAUGACUGCACAAUAGGCAUGUGGAGGAUGCGCACCAGCUAUGAUGUCUCUCCAGAGCUGUCCGACGCUUCGUGACCUGACCUCAGAAGUGAUGCCCCUCACCACAAACAGCACCAGGUGACUUCAGGCUCUCUCCUGAUGACCUGCAGCCUCGGGGACAACCAGUUAUUUUAAGUUUUCUUCAUUUUAUGUUUCCUCUCAUGGCCUCACCUCAGGGCAGUCCUCUGAGGUGGUGGUGACCCAUGCAUUGUGUAUAUAUUAUUAUUCCUGUACAGUUCUCUUUUAAGUCCUUUUUUUUUUUUUUUUUUUUAGAUUAAUGAACAAUAUUUUAUUUCAUUUUAUGCUUUCCUUCUUACUUUCACACACUCCUUCCUUGUUGAUCAGGAGGACCUUCCAGAGGAGUGCCAUGUUUAAUUUGACAUUUUAGAAUCUUUUAUUUUAUUAUGGCGACCUCUUGUGUUUUAAAUUUUUUUCUUCAUGGAAUUCUACUUUGUCAUUUUAUUAUUUUUUUUACUGAUGUAUAUUUUUUUGAUGGAUUAAAGAUCUUUAUCAACACCUUUUCACCAGUGGUAUGACCUCAAGGGAGUAUUAUAUUGAUGCAAUUAAUCACAUUAUUUUGUUGGGAAGGUGAUGCAUAUUAAACACAUUGAUCUGCACAUAAACUGGCAGAUUAGAAACAAGCCCACAGCAAGUUGUCAUUCAACAUUGUCAUAACACAUGAAAUUUGUGAUCUCUGCUGAAGAAAACAAAACUAAAAAUGUAAAGCAAAAGGCCAAACCUUUCAGAAAUUUUGCCAGCCUUGUAGUCAGCAAAUUCCUGAGAAGUUUUGUAAUUUUUCUGAGUAAUGUUCAUGGUGAUUUAAACAAGCUGUAGUCACCCAAGCCCUUUUUGUGCCAGGGUGAAUCACCAGAACAAGGCUGGCUCACAUGUGUACAUGUGUGUGUGUGUGUGUGUGUGUGUGUGUGUGUGUGUGUGUGUGUUGAGAUAGAGAGAGAAAGGAAUAUUUUCACUGUCUCAGUCAUUAAGAGAGUUAGUUAUCUACAUCAGAUCAGCUUAACAAUACAGUAGAUAUUGUUACAGCACCUGAUACAGCAGCACCCAAGCUUUAAUCAAACAUCUUUACCACCCUCAGCACCACCACAGCUUACAAGGGAAAAUUAUUACUACUUACUGCUUCUACUGUGCACCAAGCCCAUGCACAGCACUGCAAGCACUUAUAAUGUUAUUAUUAUCUACACACAAAAACAUAUAUUGGGAUUUCUUCCAAGAGUGCACUAGAUCAUUCACUCUCGCCUGUGUGCUUAUAAGUUUCUUAGACUGAACAGACUCUACACUGUACUAUGAAUACUAUUACCGUUAUUUCUCUGAAGGAUAUACAGUGUCCUAACAAGGAUGAUGAAGGACAGAGAAGCAUUUUGCCUUAAAAAGAGGAUGAGAAGAGAGUAGCUGUUGUUGUUAAUGUUGGGGUUAUUGUGACUCCUUGAGUAAUACACACAAGCUCACACACACACACAAGCUCACACACACACACACACACACACACACACACACAUACAUGCUACAAGCACACACACACACAGACACAGAAACAAACACACACACACACAAGGAGAUCAAGAGAUCAGAUGAAUUAGUAAGGAGUCUUCCAUGAGGAUAUAAGGCAAAAAGUCUUAUUACAGGUGAAAUUCAGCCACUGCUAGUGGUUGUUUUAGGGCAGUUCAUGUAAUGGGAUUUUAGUGUUAUUGCCAAAAGGAAGGAUGAUGCUGAUUGUCUCAAGAGACAGAAUACUGAUUAUGCUUUGUUUCUGUGUGAACUCAGAUGUAUCUUCCUGCAGACAUACAAACAUUCACUUCUGAGUCACGUUUUACAUAGCUUUAUGUUUUAUAUAAUCCAUUUUCACCUUCACUUACAAACUCAGGCAUACAUAUUUUGUAAUUAUUCAUCUUUCAUUUCCACCUCAUUUCAUUGUGUCAUUUCCUUUGUCAUUUCUUUUAUUUUCCCAUUAGAUUCAAAUCAAAUUAGUUAUUUUGAUAUCUGAGAGAAGCUUGAUAAUAUAAUUUCAGAGAGAGAAUAGUCAAGUUCUGCCAUCAGUCAUCGGUACAGUUACCUUUGAGUGUAUAUGUGACUGGUUGCUGUGUCGCCACUAGAACUGUGUGAGAGUGUUAAUUUUGGUCAUUUAUUAUGAGUGUAUUAUGAAUGUCGGAUGAACACUGAAUUGAGUGACUGGAAAUGUUUGCAUGCUCCACUAGUAACCUAAGGAGGAGUUUCUUGCACCAUAAAUGGGUGAUGUACAACUGUACCAUGACUGAUGAGAAAGGUCUGAAAUGAUAAGUCCAGCCUUGGAAUGACUGACUGAUGAGACCAAGGCUAAAUUUGCAUCAUUAGUAUAGUGAGGAAAGAAGGUGGGUCUAAAGUUUAGAUUAAAGGUAAGUGACUGACACAGAUGAAUGAUGCAGAAACAUGGUAACAAUGUUACAGUGCAAUGUUCUGGUAUUUCCUUAUUUUCUUGUACAUCUGUAAUAAACUGUUGUACAUACUCUACUGCAUUAGCUUGUACUACAUUUUUGUACUGUAACACCAACUUACAACCUUAUUUAUAUUACUAGCUGUAAGACUUAAUGAGUUAGCUCUAGCUCUAUUAUAGGAAUGUAUUGGUUAAGUAAUGAUUGGUGAACAUUGCACCAUGUGAUAUCGAGUCAUCAGCCUUGUUAUUCACUGGCUUCCUAGGAAUGUUACCUAUUAUCUUGUUAUCUCUCCAUAGUCAAGGGUGUCAACUAAGUGUGUAGUGAAUGCACAAAAUCUUGCAUUCACUAACCAUAGCUGAGAAUGUUUAUGGUGAGUGUGCAAUGUGAUAUUCAUAUAAACAUUCUUUCCCAUAGACUUCCACUACACAUAUUAUGGAGGUUAGUAGGUGUAAAAAAAAUAUAUCUGUGCUUAUUCAUUGUUUAACUAAUGUUAUACACGAAAAGGAAGAGAAGAAAGAAAUGAGGCACUGAUAAAAUGGGAAAGAAACAGGUUGUUUUGAAGGUUAAGUGAGGGAAGGAAACAAAGAUUUGAUAAAUGUAAAUCCAUGUGAUACAUACAAGAAACAAAAUGGUUGUACAUAUUUUUUCUUCAUACAUAAUUGGAGUCUGAAUGGAUAGUUUCUCAUAUAAAUUAUAUGUACUUGAACUUGUGGAAUUGGUGAAUCAUCAUUUUUAAGGUUUACUUGGAUCCUAUACCAUCCCAUGCAUACACGAAAAAGGAAACAAAAAUGUGCCUUAAUCAUGAAGAAAAAUAAUGUGGGAAAAAAUCAAACAUUUCUCAGCCACAGCAAUUUGAUAUGGAAACAUCCACUUACUGGGAAAGAGAACUACAUGUGUAUGCAGCUGAAUGACUUACAGUUUAGUUAUUUUUCAAAGGGCAGCAACAAUAACCAUACUGUGAUACUUAUUUCUUAUUUAUUCAUGUUUUUGAGGGACUAUAGUGACAUCCAUCACCCUUGAGUAGGUGUAAAAGGAAAGAAAAUUAGCAAAGGAGAGAUAAAAAGGAAAAGGUGAAAUAAUGUAUCAUGAACUUGAAGGAGGAAGAGAAAUACGUGUGUGUGUGUGUGUGUGUGUGUGUGUGUGUGUGUGUGUGUGUGUUAUAUUACAUCAACCUAGUGUGCUAUAUUACCGGUCAGUGUAUUUGCCUGUGUGUGUGUGUGUGUGUGUGUGUGUGCACCAUCAUUUUUACAAGCACCACUUUUACUUUGAAAGGGGUCUCAUUUUACCAGUGAGAAUGAGUCUUAAUAUAUAUUUGUGUUCUAAGUAAAUGUAACUCACAGCAACUCGAGCCCCACCCCAAUCAACCCCACCAGCACCAUCACAACAAUGAAAGAGUCAUUCAGUUUUGCCCCACUGCCUUUAAUUUUCCUCAUUAUAUAAUGAUGUAAGGUUCAGUGGUAAAGGUUUGAGUGUGUGUAUGUGUGUGUGUGUGUGUGUGUGUGUGUGUGUGUGUUGUGCUGUGUUGUAUUGUGUUGUGUUAUGGUUUUAUGACUGUUGACGAGGCCUUUUGUGAAGUAGUAUAGAAAAUGUGUGCUGACACACACACGCACUUACACACACACAAAUACAAGACACAUAAUUUUGCAUUUUAUCAAGUUGCCACCCACCACCAUCAUGACCCCACCUGACCCUGCACUCAAAGAGGUCAGGACGGGCUGAAGCAGAGUCAGGUUGCGAGUCUGAUGGUGUUGAGGAAGCAUUUCAGGUUAAAGGUUUUCAUGUGCUGGUAAUAGAAGAAGGACAAAAUUAAUGGAGCAGCACCCUUAUCAUAAACUAUUGUGAGAAUUUAAUGGAUUGUGCAAUUUAUAGUGAUAAAAAUUAAGGGACUUUUUCUUUUUCAAUAACAGUGUCUUCAAUAUUAUCAUUAGCUAUUGAUGUUAACAGUAAAUGGGCUGCUGUACUUGUAUACCCAGCUGUACAUGGGUAAUGUCAAGUGUGCAUCAAAAAAUGUUCAUAACAGGCAAACAGAGGCUGCAGGAUAUGGUUGGUUAAGUGCUGAAUAUAAAGUACCUAACAACUUCCAUUCCCCUUGUGUGUGUGUGUGUGUGUGUGUGUGUGUGUGAGACAAGUGACACAGAAAAGUCACCACAGGGAUAUUGAAGUUCUUUUAGUUGUGUUUUUGAAGAAAGUGGUGUGAGUAAAAUGAUUGUCAGAAGAGAUGCAUUGUGUGUGUGUGUGUGUGUGUGUGUGUGUGUGUGUGUGUGUGUGUGUGUGUGUGUGACCCUCCACCUCCCACAUACAGCUGAGGGAGGAAAGAGUCAGUGUGCUAAGCCAUCAUGAGCAGUGGUGUGUGUGUCCUCAGAGCCUGACCUGUACAUAGGGAAGAAUAUUUUUUAUAGUGAGUGGGUGCGGUGAGGGUGUGUCUGUCCACCCAUCAGCCCACCCAGAGCAGCGAUGCGUUGUGUAAAGAAUAAAGUGUUAAUGAAGGA